CCUAAAUAGCCAGUACAGAGUUUGUCUUCUCUUUCUCAUAGGAAGAUCCUGCCUCUCAAUCUACUGCAGAAAUUUGACAUCAUCAUACAGCUUUUAAACUCCAAAGAGACCAAAACAUUUUAGACUGAGGAUGAAGCGUCUAAAUGGAAAGCAGAAAAACAAAACAAAUCAAAAAAGGAAGAAAACUUCCCUGAAACCAGGAUUCUCAAAUUCUAGGAAAGGCUAUCAGAUUACAUACAAAAAUUUACGUUCAAGAUGCAUUUUGAAAAAUGAAGGCUCAAUUAUCAAACGUGAAAUGAGAAGGUACCAAGUGAAAAACAUGCAGUUCACUCCUAAACAAAGCACACCCAACCAUUUUCCUCCAGGAUUCUCGCAUUCCAGGAAAGGCUAUCAGACUAUAUAUAAGAAUUUGCGUUCCAGAUGCAUUCUGGAAAGUAAAGCCUCAGUUAUCAAACGUGAAAUGAGAAGGUACCAAGUGAAAAACAUGCAGUUCACUCCUAAGCAAAGCACACCCAACCAUUUUCCUCCAGGAUUCUCGCAUUCCAGGAAAGGCUAUCAGACUAUAUAUAAGAAUUUGCGUUCCAGAUGCAUUCUGGAAAGUAAAGCCUCAGUUAUCAAACGUGAAAUGAGAAGGUACCAAGUGAAAAACAUGCAGUUCACUCCUAAGCAAAGCACACCCAACCAUUUUCCUCCAGUGUACAAGAGCACAAAGCACUACUCUGGCUUGACAACAUUCAAAAAUAAGGCUGUCACUUUUUUUUUCGAAAAUGGAGAAUAUGAGAUUUCUGUUGAAGACUUACUUGAGAACCAACGGCAAGGUUCUCUAACAGUAGAGUUCUUCAGCUGUAAAAAUUCAAAUGAAGGAGACUCGCCAUUGUUGGUGGUCCUGAAACCUCGGCCCUCUAACAUCGAUCUCCAGUUGCAUGCCAAUGAUCAGACUCUUGAGCUUCAUGAAAGUGAAAAUCAAAACUCAUUCCAGAAAAACAAAUUCUUCAUUCUGCAUCAUCUCUCUGGGUUUGUUUCAUUCGAGUGUUUCGAGCCUCAAGGAUUAUAUAUUGGUGUAAAGGAUGACCACCUAGAACUUAUGGAGAAGAAAGAAGACGAUGAAGCUUUUAUGUUUCAGCUCACUAAUUAAUUGGACUUCAACUCCUUUGGUAGCUUCUCAGGCUAUAGUAGGUUAAUUGGAUAGGAAUUCAUGAUUUUCUGAGUAGGUGGCCUAAAGAGAGACCCUGAGGAGUCUGAGAAUGCCCACCAUUCACCAGCAAUGGAUAAGGCUUAGGAUCUUGAAGGACUGAUUUCCACACUUGUGUGUGGAACCCUUUUUCAGAUCUAUUAGUUCUGUGGGGUUUUUUGGUUUGUUUUCUUUCUGAUCUUUAUAUGUUCAACAGAUAUAAUCCUGACUCUGUAGGACAACAGGGAAGUUAGAAUUGACAGAAGCAAUAUCUUGUCUAAAUCAGUGAGGGUCACAGGCGAGACCCUGAUCUUUGAUUUUUUCUACAUGUCAUCAAGACAGACUUCCACCCAUAAAGAGAUGGUGAUUGGGGGAUUCUGGAACCAACGACAAAGCCGAGGCAUUCCCCUAUGAAAUGGGCCCAUUUCUGAACUACCAUUAGAAACAAUGUUAAGUUCAUAUAUUCAUGUAGAAAUAUAUUCCCCUUGGUCCCAUAACACUACAUUAUAGCAACCAAUAAUGAAGAAACAAUGGAGAGCAGGCAUUAACCUGAUCUUCCGUUUUCUCAGACUGCUAACAACUGACUUUAAUAAGAGAGGCAAUGGAUAAAGAGCUGACCGCGGUGCCUCUGACUCCUAAGGCUGGUGGAUCCCAGGCCAGUCACUUACCUUUUUGUUCUCUGGUCACCCUUUUAAGACAAUAGGUUGCAGAAAAGGUAGAGGGAAUUGCCUUAUCUAAGAGUUCCCAAUUCUAAUAAAAUCACAUGUCUACUACUCAUCCCUAUCCUAACAUUUAUCCAGGCUUUACAGUUUUCAUAGGUUUACUAUUUGAUUCCUAUAACAAGUCUGGGAAAUGGUCUUAGAGUGCCAGACUUGAAGUCAGAAAAGAACUGGGAUCCAACUCUGCUUUAGACCCUUAUGAGGUGUAUAAACCUAAACUAGUUUUUACCAUUUUUAGCCUUCAGUUUCCUCAUUUGUAAGAUGGAAACAAUAGGUAUUUACCUGAUGCCAGAAUCAAAUGAGACAAUCUGUAUGAGCUACUUUGUAAACCUGAGUUAUUAUUAUCACUUUAUAGAUGAGCAAAUAGGUUCAAAGAUGUUAAAUGACUUUUUCCUAUUUGAACGCCAAAUUGUAUAGGCUAUCAGUAAGAAAACGUUAGUGCCUGCCUAUGUGAAACUUUGAUUUCCACAACAUUUUUCUAGGAAUUAAGCUAAUCCAUAAAUUUCGGGAGAACAGUAUUAAAAAUGACCAAACUUCACCAUUUCUAUCCUGCAGUGGUACACUCCUCCUUCUCAAGCAAUUAAACCAUUAUAAGUAUUGAUUAAAUACUUUCCAUGCAUCCCCCCACUUUGCUAGUUGCAAGGCAAAAUACAGAAGAGGCAUAUAAAGUAGGUGUCCCUGUCCUCAAGGAAUUUAUCAUCGAAUUGGAAAGAAAAGGCUUUUUACACAACUCUUGACCCAAAGAAUUGCUUAUCGUCUUAAAAAAGUAUUUCAUUCCUCUGAUAUUUACAAAGUUACACAAGUAAAGUAUAGAAAUUUUCAGAUCAUACAGCAAAGUAAACACUAUUCUUUUGGUUACAGAUCCACUUACCUUGUGAAUCUGGCCAUAAAUGUUAUGUCCUAGAGCAUCAGUGACAAUAGAAACCAUUCAUAACCUAAUUUUCUUUCUAUAGCUAAUUUCUUUAGCCUAAUCCCAUGUUCCUUUGCAUUUUACAGAUGAUAAAACUGGAACUGAGAGAGGGUGAACCCCCUGAUCACAGUGUUCAGUUGUAUAGUGAGAAAAUAGAAGUGUGUGCAUAUGUGAAAUUCUGUAAAUCAGACACUAGUAGAUGCCCCCAAAGGCAAAAAGAUCAUUCCAAUGGGUCAAAGAAUCCUGUUUAGUAGGUUCAGAACCAGAAGGACCAAUUUAACCUUUUCAUCUGACAGUUUCAAAUGAUUUCUUCUUAAAGUCAGAUUUUCAUCAACAUGUUCAACCAAAUAAAGUUUGUUGUUGGUGUUUUUAACAAGAAAGUGCCAGGUUAAAGAUAGUUUUGUUCCUAUGCUAUAGCCUCAAGCCUUUUUCACUGAGUCUGUUUAUAGUGACUUUCAUCAUCACAAAAAACUAAGACCAGAAACUCAGUAUCUUUCAUCAUUUCUACUACAUCAGCCACAAAAUAUUCCAGUUCAUAAACCUCAGACCUCAUUCCUCCCAAACAGAAAGAAUUUAGUAUCAUCCUCUCUACUGGAACAAAUUAAGCUCAGUUACUCAACCUUUGGGCAGCUAGGUGACACAGCAGAUAGAGUGCUGGCUCUGGAAUCAGGAAGACCUGAGUUCAAAGCCGGCCUCAGACACUUACCAGCUGUGUAAGUCACGUAACCCUGUUUGCCUGAGUUUCCUCAUCUGUAAAAUGAGCUGGAGAAGGGAAUGGCAAAAGACUUCAGUAUCUUUGCCAAGAAAACUCCAAAUGGGGUCAUGAAGAGUCACACACAACUGAACAACCCCCACCUUUCACAUAGAAAGAGAUCUCCCUUGUUUUGUACAAUAGAUGGAUUCUUAAAGUAGCAUGGAAAUUGAUUUAGGCCAGAAAUGUACUAUAUGGGGCAGAGUACUUAAAGGAAACCUGGUGUAAGGUGAAAAAUUCUUCUUCAGAGUAAAUGUUUAUUUCCGAACUUGUCUUUUUUAUAAGUUCUAAUUUUUGUACGUGGAGCUUCAUUCAAAUGAUAUCUACAUCAUGUAUAGAACUAAUGGAAGAAAUACUUAAAAAAACUUAAGAUAAAAAUAUUUGCUUAACUAAAAUAGUU